AUGGGCGUGAUCCUGAGCAUCUCUGCCACCUUCAUUAUCUCCACCAAUUUGCUGGUGGCUGUUGCUCUACUGAAGGUUCUCCUGAAGCGGGGAGGUCAGAGCUGGUGUUUUGUCCUUAACUUGGCUUUAGCUGACACUUUGGUGGGCGUAGCCAUCACUGGGCUGGCUACAGAGGACUUGAACAACAAUUUACCCAUGCAACGCAAUGGUCACUUUGAAAUUUAUCCUCCCACAAACGCAACGCCUCUUGCUCCACAAGGUAAGACCAGGUGUUUGCUGCGAAUGGCCUUUCUCUCGUCCCCCUGCAUGGUAUCCAUCUUGUCUAUGUUCCUGAUCUCGCUGGACCGUUAUGUAGCCAUCAAGAUGCCCCUGCGUUACUCUCUGAUGUCUGGGAAAGGGAUGACAGCCGGAUCUUUACUGGCUGUAUGGAUUAGCUCCUUCACUAUGGGAUUUUUACCAGUGAUGGUACGCCAGCUGCAAGCAGUGGAACCCUACGACGGCUUCUGUGCUUUCUUUACUGUCAACCAUGAUAUCGCCAUUAUCGUAAUGUACUGCCUGCUCUUCUUCCCUGUGCUCUCCCUGUUCACCUACAUGUACCUGGACAUCCUGAAGAUUGCAUGCGUCCACCACAAGCAGAUCUCUCAUAUUAGGCAAAUGAGGUCAAGACCUGAUGACAACCAUCACGGACCAUCCCAGUACCAUCAUCAUCCGCAGCAUCACCUACUGAGGAGCUGGGGUCAUGUUAAGGCAUUGAGGACGGUGGCGGUGCUUGUUGGCUGCUUCUUGGUGCUCUGGAGCCCUUUCUUUGUGGUGUGCAUUGUGCACCUUUUGUGUAGGACGUGUGGUCUUAAGAAUGUGCUGGAGAACUACCUGUGGCUACUGGGGCUCCUCAACUCUCUGAUAAACCCACUGGUUUAUGCCUGCUGGCAAGGAGAAGUGCGACUGCAGCUGUCAGCCAUGUUUUCCUGCAUCACGAGCAGGUUGCUGUCUGCUGCACCACCAAACAUCACUGAGAGAUGCCACUCGUCUCCGCCUGUGCAGACUAAUGCUUGUGUUUCUGAAGGAUAUACCCUCAGCCCCUCAAUUAUGCUACCAAUCAGCAGCUUGGAUGCUCAUGCUGUUCACCAAUCCGACACAACCAAUUUGUGAAAGAAAGAGCGAAACUCUGGGAAACAGUGCAUAUAUUCAAAUUUCACAAACAAAG